AUGGCCUUGUCAACAAAGGUCUCUUCUGAAAUUGCCCAUGCCGUCAUUACAACUGACAGUGACAAUGUAAGUGUGGAAGACAGAGAGGACUGGAACGCGUGGCUGCAGGCCCUGGGUGCUUUUCUGGUUUAUGUUGCAACAUGGGGCCUGCUGAGUGCCUACGGGUCCUAUGAAAAGUAUUAUCAGACCGUCAUGUUGGUCUCAACCUCUUCGACGGCGAUUGCGUGGAUCGGCACCCUCCAAGGCGUCAUUCUAAUCCUGGGAGGCGUUGUGACUGGUCCCAUCUAUGACCGCGGUUAUAUUCGAGAGCUCAUGAUCACAGGAACCGUCACCACGGUCUUUGGGGUCAUGAUGUUGAGUUUAUCCCAUGAGUACUAUCAAAUCCUCCUAGCACAGGGCAUCUGUCUCGGCAUCGGAAGCGCAAUACUGUAUGUGCCUAGUAUCAGCCUUAUUGCAUCCAGGUUCCAACGACAUCGGCCGUUGGCCAUGUUUCUAGCCACUUCAGGCACCGCUGUUGGUGGUAUCAUCUACCCGAUUAUAUUCUCUCAACUGCAGCCUAAACUCGGCUUUGGCUGGGCAACUCGAGUGCUAGGCUUUGUGACGCUGGUAGAAUUGCUCAUAGCUAUGGCGAUCAUGCUUCCUGCUACCAAAGCUAAGAGGUCUAACAAGUUCCGCUCCCUGCUGGAUCCUACCGCAUUCCGAGACCCCGCGUUCAUGGCCUUCUGUGUCGCACUGUUUCUCAUGUGGAUUGCCUACUGGGUCCCUUCUUCCUACUCCCAACCUUUUCCCAAUUCAAAGCAGGGGCAAGCUCCAGUCUGGCCUUUUACAUUCUAG